AUGGCCGUUGGUCCUCCCCUUGUAUACGCUGAUCAGGCCGUCUCCAUCAUUCGGAAGAAGGAUGCUACCGGCUUCUCAAGAGACGUCUGUGCUGUUUUACUCCUUUCGAAUAUCUGUCGCGCUUUCUUCUGGAUUGGCAGUCGAUUCGAAUUUGCGCUGCUUUUGCAGUCUAUCUUGAUGAUCCUGGCUCAGCUCGCUCUGCUUUAUAUAUGUAUUCUGUAUCGUCCUCGCCUCAGCCCUGAGGGCCUUGGUACAUCCACGCGGCUAUUUUCUUUUUGGCAGUGGCCAACGUACACGCAGCAUAUCGAGUUUUUGGCUGGUUACAUUCUCUGCUUGACCAUUUUGACCCUCAUCUUCGGGAGAAUGGAUGUCUUUGUGCAGAUAUUGGGAUAUGUGGCCUUAGGUCUAGAGUCGACCCUUCCAAUCCCGCAAUUAGUGAGCAACGCCAAGCUUCGCACAUUGUACGGCUUUAGGAUGACCACACUUGUCGGCUGGGUUGGCGGGGAUUCUUACAAGACCAUCUACUUCUUCAUGCAAGGGUCGCCCUUGCAAUUCAAGGUCUGCGCGAUAUUCCAAUUAUCUAUAGAUUUCGUGAUCGUCGGACAGAGGCUCUGGUACGGUAGUGCCCCACCACCGACGGUGUUGGUUGGGGAAGACGAUCUCGAGCAAGCACUAGCAUUGGCGGAAGAGUGA